GAGCAGUUCAGAACAGCAAGGCUAGGAUUUGCAGUGAAGGAAAAAGAGGCCAGAGACAGGAAGCAGGGGUGAGAUCAACAGGUCUAUCUUUCUAACUCCAGGGAAGCCUCACCGCCCACCUUCUCCACCCUAGGAUGACCUAUCACACUCCUUCAGGACCGCAAGGCAGGGCGUUGCCUUCUUAAGCUAACUCCUGACUGCUGUGUCCAGCUCUGUGCAGAGGACAUACAAACCCCGAGGACUGUGGGUGAGGCGGGCUCAGCACCGUUAGACUUUGAAGAUGGCCCCUUUUCAGAGCAAUAAGGACCUGAUCUCUACAGGGAUAAAGGAGUUUAACGUUCUGCUGGAUCAGCAGGUCUUUGAUGAUCCCCUUAUCUCUGAAGAAGACAUGGUGAUUGUGGUUGAUGACUGGGUGAACUUGUACACCAACUAUUACAAGAAGCUCGUGCUUGGGGAGCAGGAGGAGCAAGACAGGGCGCUGACGGAACUCCAGCAAGAGCUGAGUAGUCUGGGCAGCCAGUUUCUAGCCAAAUACAGGACCUUUCUGAAGUCCAAAGAGCCCCCAAGCAAUACACUGCCCUCCUCAUAGCUAAAAGGCUCUGGGCAUCAUGUCUUAGAACCCCAAACUCUCAGCUCUGUGUUAUAUCUUCAGACCGUUCUCCCAAGAUGUUGCUAUACUUUGACAUGCCAAUAAAGACCAAUACUCA